UUCUUAUUGUUUUUUCUUGUACUAGCCGCUGCCUCGCCCUAACUCACGACCACUGAAAUAUUUUUUCACGGGUUGCUGCGACAGCGAGGAAUGAUGCACGCGGUCUCUUGAUUGUUUUGCUUUCGGCAGCACCUGCAAUCUCGUCAUUGAUUAUGUCGGCGCUCUGCAAAGAUAAUGUAUCUCUAUCUUCGGCGGUACAGCAACAUCUUCAAUCCCAAGUCACGGAACUCGAGCAGAAAGAGCCUAUUAUGGAUUGUAAGGCGAGCACAUCGCAGCAGCAGCACCUCGCAAUGUGGCGGGCGCAACAGGACCAGCUGCGGCAAGCGGUGGUAGAAGAAGAUGAUGGCGUUUUUUUGCAGUCUUGCCGCUACGUGGCGGGGCUGGAUCUGAGUUUCGUCCCUCGUAAACAGGAGCACUGUAGUAGUACUCCAGCUUCGUCGGGCUCUGCUUUGAGCGAAGAGGUGGAACCUAAUACUAAUAGUGGCGGUGACGGAAUGAAAUUAUUAAGCGAGGCCUCGAAAGUUGAACGCGCAGUCGUUGGCUUUGUGGUCUUCGAGGUUGUGCGCUUACCUUCUGCCCUUGCACAAGUAGCGGAAACACCGGCAAAGAGCGCACCAUGUUCCGAGCUUCCCGCAGAACCCUGUUCUCUGUUUGAGCUGCUGGAGUCGGUAGAAAAGGCAAGCCACUCAAACCACAGCUCGGAAACUCAAACUGUUGAUCUCGGGGUGCUACCACCAGAAGGCGCAGGCGGUUUGCAAAAGAAAGUGAAAGCCAAAGACUCCUAUGUCGAAACUCCGGGAGUACCUGCGUCAUAUGGAAUUUCUAUCGGCAAGGGCAAGAAAUGCCAUUACGAGCUGCGGCUGCUCUAUGAACACUACGAACAGGUGGAGCUUGACAAGGAAAUUCCCUACGUUGCCGGAUACCUGGCCUUCCGAGAGGUUCCGCACUACGAGAAGGUUCUCGCCGCUUUCUUCGUGUCGAAGGUUGCAACAGGAAAAGGUAUUUCGCCGCAAAACUUGAUUGUUUUUGUGGACGGGAACGGUCGUCUGCAUCCGAACGCAUGCGGAGCGGCGUCGCACUUAGGCGCUGGCACUUUUGACGGUCUUCUCACCACGAUUGGCGUCGCGAAAAAUUUGCAUUCCUUUCCCGGGCUGCGAAUCCAAGGUGUCGCAAUUCCUCAUAUAGAAAGCAACGCGACAAUGCCGUCGGCGCACGUCUUGGACGCCAAAGAACUGCGUCAAAUUCUGGAGAACCGGAAGAUGGCGAAAAUAAACGAAAAAGAGGCCGCUUGUUUGGCCGACGGCUAUCCUGCGUGGGUUGUUCCCCUAGAAGCAGCUACUACUUGCCCUUUAUCUGCGCAACCAGCCACCUUCCUGCCGAGAGGACUGGCUGUCGCUGCGCAUGGGAGCAAGAAGCCCAUCUUCGUGUCAGUUGGGCAUCGAAUAAGCCUGCGGACCAGUCUUGCGGUUGUAUCGCUGUUUCAGGGACACUUUCGCAUCCCAAUUCCAACACGUGUAGCUGAUCUUCGCUCUCGAAAAAUCAUCGAGAAAGAAAUUAUAGGCUCUGCAAAUGGAGGAACAGGUAAAAGCAGUGGGAACACGGCGAAGAAAGAAAAAACUGGUCCUGUACUAGCGCAAGAUCCGAGCAGCCACGCCAUGUUGUGGACGUGGAUCCAUUCUUGAAUGAAAUCUCGAGUGCUGCGCAGAUGUGAUCGUGUCCGCGGAGGGAUUUUUUUUGUUCAAUCCGCAUGCUUCGUUCAUCCUUGUUGGGUGCACGACGAGAGAAGUUCUUGUUUAUCUUGUAGCCGUUUAGUUUACGAAAUACGGCGCGUGCGCGUCAUUGAGGUACGAGAUCAAAG